AUGUCAUCCAUAGUAAAAGCUCCAUUGGCCAAAUCUUUAAAGAUCGCCCUUAUCCAAAUAUCUGCUGGAAGCGAUAAAGCUGCUAACUUGACAAAAGUGAAAAAGUUUAUUGCCAAUGCCGUUAAGGAGUCAAAGAUAGGAAAGUUAGAUUUGAUCAUGUUACCAGAAUGUUUCAAUUCUCCUUACGCAGUUGACCAAUUCGCCAAUUACGCCGAAGUCAUCCCAUCGGGUGAAACCACCAGUUUCUUGUCAGGUUUGGCCAAGGAACACAAAGUGUUUUUGAUUGGAGGUUCUAUCCCUGAAUUGGAUGAAGCUGAAAGUAAAGUGUACAAUACUUCAUUGACAUUUUCUCCAACUGGUGAGCUCAUUGCUAAACACAGAAAGGCACACUUGUUUGACAUUGACAUCCCUGGAGGAAUUACUUUCAAAGAACUGGUGAGUUUGACGGGAGGAGAUAAAGCCACUGUUUUGAAGUUAGGAGAUUUUGGAAACAUUGGUAUUGGAAUUUGCUAUGAUAUUAGAUUCCCUGAAUUGGCGACAAUUGCCACCAGGUCCCCUUACAAUUCGUUUGGAAUGUUUUAUCCCGGUGCUUUCAACACCACCACUGGUCCAAUGCAUUGGCAUUUAUUGGCCAGGUCCAGAUCUGUUGACAACCAGAUUUUCACCGUCUUGUGUAGUCCCGCUAGAGAUGUCGAAGGAGGUGGAUACCAAGCGUAUGGCCACUCUUUGGUUGUGGAUCCAGCUGGGAACAUUAUCAGUGAAGCGGGUGAAGGUGAAGAAAUCAUAUACGCAGAGCUUGAUCCCUCUUUAUUACCAAAAGUCAGAGAAGCUAUUCCGGUUCAUUUCCAACGUAGAUUCGACAUUUACCCUGACUACGUUAGUGAUGAAUCGAUCAAGGUUGGCGACAAGUAG